AUGCCCGCGCGCCUUCUGACUGUUUCGUCUCCACGCGGUGGCCACAGUAGCGCGCUGACCCCCACGAUGCCAUCCGAUGGCAAUGGAAAUCACCUCGUUGCUGUGAACCCUGUCCUGGAGAAGAUGCGGGAGGCCCAACGCGAAAGCCAUCGUGCCUACUUGAAGGGCAACAGCGAUUACAAUCGUGCCGAGAUGAAGUCCGUGUCGAUUGAAGGUGAGCUCCGAUUGGCCGAGUUCUGGCUCAAGGUCGUGACGAAAAACCUGGAGGAUGUGGGUAAGCGCAUCGAGGUGCACGACUGGAACUUCCAAAAGAUUGCCAACCAGGACGGAGUAAGAAGAACUUAGGACACGAAGAAGGGCAAUGCUGGUUUUUUCAAGUAAUAAUGAUAGCUGUUUUUGUUUUUUGUUUA